CCCAGCUAAGUUAAUGGCGUCGUUCUUAGAGCUCUCUUGUGCUGUACAAAAAUACGCUUGGGGCAAGUAUGGAUCCGCGAGUGAAGUGGCAAAAUUAAAAUUAAAAGAUCCUUCAUUCUCCCUCAGUGAACAAGAACCAUAUGCAGAGUUAUGGAUGGGAACUCAUGUUAAAGGACCAUCUAUAAUAUCCUACCCGUCAUCAAUAAAUGGUCUCCAAUUAUCAAAAUGGAUACAUGAUAAUCCGUCUUCUCUCGGUCAGAAAGUGGUCGAUAAAUAUGGACGAAACUUACCAUUUCUCUUUAAAAUACUUUCCAUUAAUAAGGCGUUAUCAAUCCAGGCCCAUCCCACUAAAGACCACGCCCAUUAUCUUCACUCCAAUUCCCCUCAGUAUUAUCCUGACUCUAAUCAUAAGCCAGAGCUUGUCAUUGCUUUGAAUAAUUUUGAGGGAUUGUGUGGUUUUAGACCUUUUGAAGAAAUUAGGAACUUUGUCGUAAACGUACCAGAACUACAGACUGUACUAGGUGAUGAAAUUGUCCAACAGAUGACUACUCCACUUUCCACAGUUACAGCAAAUGAUUUAUUAAAGAAUUCUUUUACUAAACUGAUGAAUCAGGACCAGUCAAUAAUUGAACAGGAAUUAGACAAACUGAGAGAAAGGCUGAAACAAGAAAAGAAGGGUAAGCAUACACUUUAUUGUUGCUAUAAUGUUGCUAUAUGA